UGUGCAGGAAGUGCUUUCUGGGCCUCUGCCGAGAGGAUGGGGGGGCGCAAACCCUGUAAAUGGGCUGAAAGUGAUAAGAUAGGUAGUGUUUGAGGGGGGAUAUGUCCACUACAGAAUGUUAGAGAUCCCUAAGAGCGCAGCUCUGUGGAGUAUUAUUUGCUUUUGAUGGCCCACUUUGGGAAUAGAGCACACUGAGUCCCAUUAACCUAGGACAGCAGGGCAUGAUGGGGACCUCGCUGUACAGAUCAACGCUUCUCAGCACAGGAGGGUUCAGUGUGUCGGACUACAUUCGCAAAUUCACGAAAAACAAGCCAGAUGUCAACAACAUUCAACCAAACGUCGGUUUCUGCCACCAGAGCACACAGACUUCACAGCAGGUUAAAGAAGUUAUUUCAGCUGAGCUUGAGCUCCAGCAGCCCGAGGUCACUCUUCCUAAUGACCCCAGCAGCCAACAUUCUCCUGAAGCCCAUACAGGGGCAAGUGAACCUCUGAAACCUGUUAGUGCAGGGGAAAGCUCAAAAGCCUUACAAAAGGCCAAAGAGAUCUCUGUGAAAAGCAGCGAGCCCACACAUGUCCAGACAUUUGCUCCUGCAGUCCAUCUUGAGCAGAUCGACGUGCAUAAUGUCCCUAAGCAAGAGACGAACAGCUUGGUCGCAGCUCCGGCUGAUGCUAAAUGUGUCAUUGAGACAAUGACUAAGGUGGAAAAAGAUAUAGCGCUUCAGCAAGAGAGAGCUCUUGAACGGGCAGAUGAUUCACAUGUUGCUAAUAAGGUUUUUCUCAAAUCAAUAAUUCCGGGACAACAAUUGGAGAAGAUUGAGGAUCCUCAACAACAGGCAGAGGUUUCACUGUUUGUUGAUGAGGAUUCGUUAGAAAAAUCAGUUCCUGGACAACACCUAGAUAAGAAGAUGGAGGUUCUUCAAAAACAGGCAAAGGAUUUACCGGUUGUAGAUGAAGACUCAUUAAAUCUGUCAGCUCCUGGACAAAGACAACUAGAAGAGAAGGUGGAUGUUCCUGAAAAAGCUGAGAAGAAGAUUGAUGAAGCUCAUAAAAAGAUGGAGGAGGUUCCUCGAAAAGAUGAGCUCUGCAUAGAAAAGCCUGUUAUUAGACAUGCAGGAAUUAAAACACAACACGAAGAGACAAUGGGGAUGGAAACAACAGUGCCAAAACAUGAUGAGAGCAAGUGUCCAACUGAAACAUAUGUUGAGAAAACUGAAAAUAAAAAUGCAGAUGUCACUUUAGAGUCUGAUAAAAUAAUGAUCUGUGCUGUUAGUCCACAAAACACAAGCCUUGAUGAGGAUGAGAAAAGUAAAGCAGCACCUCUAAGAAAAGUUGAGUCGACACUGCUGAUCAUUGAUGACAGCCCACCUCUGCCAGCCCCAUUCGACCAUCGCAUUGUCAGUGCCAAGCAGGUUCCCAUUAACUCAUAUUAUGCUGUCAACCCUGUCGAGGUUCUAGGCGGAGGCCGAUUUGGACAGGUACACAAGUGCGCAGAGCUAUCGUCAGGUCUUACGCUGGCCGCUAAGAUAAUAAAAGUCCGCGGAAUGAAAGAAAGGGAUGAAGUGAAGAAUGAGAUUGGAGUCAUGAACCAGCUAAAUCACGUGAACUUGAUUCAAUUAUAUGAUGCUUUUGAGUCUCGAACAAACCUCACACUCAUUAUGGAAUACGUGGAGGGCGGCGAAUUGUUUGAACGAAUCAUUGAUGAGAGUUACCAGCUGACGGAGCUGGAUGCCAUCGUGUUUACCAGGCAGAUUUGCGAAGGGGUUCAGUACCUUCACCAGCAGUACAUUCUCCAUUUAGAUCUUAAGCCGGAAAAUAUCUUAUGUGUGAACAGCACAGGCAAUCAAAUCAAGAUCAUUGACUUUGGACUCGCCAGAAAGUACAGGCCCAGGGAAAAGCUGAAGGUCAACUUUGGUACCCCAGAGUUUCUGGCACCAGAAGUUGUCAACUAUGACUUUGUGUCAUUUCCUACAGACAUGUGGAGUGUUGGUGUCAUCACUUACAUGCUUUUGAGUGGCCUUUCUCCAUUCAUGGGUGACAACGACGCAGAAACAAUGAACAACAUUCUGCACGCCAAGUGGGAAUUUGACACGGAGGCAUUCGAGAAUGUGUCAGAGGAAGCCAAAGACUUCAUAUCCAGCCUUCUUGUGUCCGCCAAAUGCAGCCGAUUGAGUGCAUCAGGAUGCAUGAAGCACAGCUGGCUAAAUAACCUGGAGGACAAGGCCAAGAUGUACAAAGUUCGGCUGAAGUCUCAAAUGAUGCUUCAGCGUUACCUUGUUGCACACCGUCAGUGGAAGAAACACUUCUAUGCAGUGGCUGCAGCAAACAGGCUGAAGAGGUUUCAGCAAAGCAGAUCAAUUAGUACACCAAAUUAGCUAUUAACCUGGAGGACAGUGGACAUCACAACAUCGCACAUUGAACUUGUCUGAAUGGUUUUGAAAUGGCUUCACAGUACGUGUUCAAUAUGUUCUUGCCUUUCAUCUUGUUAAAAAGGUCGCAUUUCCCUUAAUGUUUUACCUUGCAACACCAUUACAUUUCAUUUACACGUCUUCAUCAUGCUUUUUGUAGAGCAUGGAUGGCAGGGUGUGCUUUUGAACCACAUGAAAAAGCUGUUGUCCCUUCUGUGAAGGUGUUUUCCUUGGGCACUUCUGCCUUAUACUAGUAUCUGAAUGUUGCUUUUGUCCUCAUGGAUUGGUAUUUUAUAUUUAGUCAAAAUAGCAUGAAGAUUUGAUGUAGAAACACAUUGGUCAUCUUAUGUUUUCGUUAUUUUUAGCAUGUUGAUUAGAGCCGCAAACAAAUUGUUAACUUGAUACAUUUUCAAUUUAAAUCUUCAUAGUUGAAACCUUUUUAUUUGUUGUUCAGAAUUUCCUGAAUGUUAAUCCAUACUGUGACUUGAAACUGCUUCCUAGGACUUGACUGCAAUAGCGGAUAUACACAUUCAUAUGGUAAAAGCAUGAGAACAAAAACAUCCACUACGGUGGUUUUGCUCAUGGCUUGGCAACCAGCAAUCAAGAGCACAGAAUCAUAGGGUAGUCCUGUUUUGCUAUUUUGUAGAGUGUGCUUGCGUAGACAGCAUCUAACAGGAGUUUUUUUUUCAGUGUAAUACUGAUUGUCACCAGUUUUCUGGGUAGAAAAUGUCUAAUUAAGUCAAAAAAUGAGAAGUUAAAUUGUGUCAAGAACACCCAUUUUAUUCACAUUAAAAUCCAAAUGGAA